UGACGAAACUUAAAAUGUGUCGCAUCGAAAUACGAUCUCAGUGUUUUCUUAGAAAUUAUGCAAAUUAAUUAAAUAUUUUAUGUUCGUUUUGGUGGUUUCUUAGAAACCUGAACAAUGUCUCAAGAGACGGAACUUUUGAUAUCAGUGCCGCGUACGUGUAUAAAAGAAUUUCGAAGUAAAUAUCUAAAUCUAGUUGAAACUUUUUACUAUGUUACAUUAACCGAGAUUAAAUCUAGUUUCGCAAAUGAGGAAACGGAAUUUGUUUACUUCAACGUAACAUUUAACUUGAACUCAACAGAUGGGAACAAUAACCCACGUGAAUUAAUAGGACGUAUACAGAAAUAUGUGGAGUCAUCGUUGGGAUGGGCCGGCGAACGCGCCGAGGACUCUAGCUAUGAUUCCGAAUGCGAAGAAGACAGUGCGCAUCGUGCCGCCUCUCGCACCCCUUCCGACACACUCGCCGCGGAGUUCGCUGAAUACGUCACCGUCACGCCUUCGGUACCACAACCAAACCAGGCUAAAAUCGAAUUUGCCGUGAAACUGGGUUAUUCGGAACGUCUGGCAAGGAUAGCACUGCAGCGCUUGGGUCAAGACCCUCCCCGAAAUGAGCUUCUGGCGGAGCUCAUAAGACUUGCAGCGCAGCAACCUCCCCGCGCGCCCUCGCCUCCCCCUCCCGCCGAGGUUGACCCGACACCUGAAAGGUCGCCGCUGCGGCAAAUCGUCAUUGACGGUAGCAACGUCGCUAUGAGCCACGGAAACAAGGAAGUUUUUUCUUGUCGCGGUAUAGAAAUAUGCGUUGAUUGGUUCCGAGCUCGCGGCCACAAAGAGAUCAUCGUGUUCGUACCCAAAUGGCGUAAGGAAGCAUCUCGGCCCGACAACCCCGUCGCCGACCGGGACGUGCUGGACCGGCUGGAGCGCGACCGCGUGCUCGUCUACACGCCCAGCAGGCUGCUCGGCGGCAAGCGUCUCGUGUGCUAUGACGACCGAUACGUACUGCGUUUGGCCGCGGACACAGACGGGAUCGUCGUCUCCAACGACAAUUACCGCGACCUCGCUGCAGAGAGCCCCGAUUUUCGCCGGGUCGUCGAGGAACGUCUACUUAUGUACUCAUUCGUUAACGAUCGGUUCAUGCCCCCGGAAGACCCUCUUGGCCGAACGGGUCCGACGCUCGAUGCCUUCCUCCGCAUACCCCCCUCCCGCGUCGAACCUCCGCCCCCCUGCCCGUACGGCCGAAAAUGCACCUACGGGAACAAAUGCAAAUUUUAUCAUCCGGAACGAGCGGGUCGACCGCAUAAAUCAGUCGCUGAAAAACUGAGCGAACGUGCCGCCAAAGCCUUGCGCGCUCGCGACUUGCACACGGUCAGCCUCCCGCCCGGCGGCCGCCCUUCCGACUCGAAGCGUCCACUCGCGCGAGCUCACUCCGCCGCUCCGCGCCUCGCCGACACGGCACUCGCUACGCACUUCGAUCGCGCACAGCUGCAGCCGGCCGGGCCGUCGGCACCGUCUUCGUCCCCGGACUUCAACCCGCAUCGCAAACUCGCCCGCCAGCUCACUCUGAAUCCAGCGUGCGACCCGCGACUGCACGCGCUGGCGAGCCGCGUGGCCAGCGCGCCGGGGCAGGGGGGCGCGGCGUGCGGGGCGGCGGGGGCGGCGCGGCUGGCGGCGGGCGCGUCGGACGGCGCGUUGCAGCACUGGGACGCGCGGCGCCGUAUGCACUUCCAUUUAUCCGCCAUCUUCCCAGAGGCGCAGGUGGCGGAGGCGAUGGCCGCAUACCCGGAAGAGACGGACGCACAGAAAAUGUGCGCAAUUAUUUUAGCGCGGUACCGGCCCAGCGAGGCGCCCCCGCCGCGGCCGCUGCGCUAGCCGUUGGGGUGUCGUACUUCGAAUUGCCCCCGGUUUACUUCAAAAUCGGGUCGCACGUUCGAGCUCAGUCACCAGUCGAGCCUUCGAAACGCCCACAUAAGUUGUAACGCAAGAGCUUAAAAUUUCUUAUAAAACAAAAAGCGUGGCCUGAAGUACUUUUCUCUUAUAGCAGAAAAUACAAACAGGCGCCUGUUACCGCUUACGAUUUUAACAUUCUGUUUCUAAAACAUUGGCAACGUUCUUCUGAGAAGCGCGUUUUAGCUAUUCACCAAAUUGUUUAAAACAAAAUGAAUUUAUAUGAAUGCUAAAUCGUAAGUUUUCUUUGUUGUUCUUCAUUAUACACUUUGUAACACUAAACUAACAUAUUGAUUAACUAUUAAAGAUAAGUUUUUUUUUUUUUUUUCCAGUGAUAGGUGCACUUUAUACUACUAUGUAAGCAUAUGGGCACAUUAAGAAUUUGUAAUUAAAUAAUUUUAAAGUUUAUUGAUACUGUGUAUCAUUUAGAUUAGAUUUGUUAAUUUAGUUAUAAAUAUUAUUAACAUUAUUAAAUUUAACUAAGAACCUUUCAUGUUUGGUUUAUAUUGAGGAAUUUUAUAUUUAUGUAUGUUCUUUAUACACAAGAAUAGUCUUUAGGGAAAUGUGAUUUAUAUGUACAUUGAAAAUGACUCUUGAUAUCACAACAAUUUCAGGUUGGACGUCCAUUUUUCAUAUUUUGAUAAUGAAUUUUUGAGCAUAUAAGAGUUCAUAGUCAACCAUUUAUAGAUGAACUAUUUCAUAUUGAGAUGUAAGCAAUAUCAGGAGAAUUCCUGAAUAAAAAUAUGGUAAAUAAUAAAACACAUCAGACAUUUUCUCUCAUCCUGAAAGCAUUUCAUAUAAAGUAAAAGCUCUUUAUUCGCGUGGUAUACUUUCCGUGAAUAUAGAAUAGCGCGUUUACAAAGGAUAUACGGUUGGAUACCUAAAUAUUGGCAUGUUUUAUAUCAAUGUGUAUGUACCGAUUAGAUCCGUCCCAUUUUUUUUAAUCUGCAAAUAGUGAAAAAGCGAAUAAGGAGAUUUUACUGUAUUGUCGGGAUUUAUGUUAUAUUCUCUAUUAGAAUAGUAAGGAAAAAUCGAUGGCCAGCUAUUAAGGACUAUAAGUUAUAGCUAUAAAGACGACAUUCAUUUGUUUGAUUUUAAUAAAAUUGAACUGUAUCAAAACUUAAAUGCAAUGCAUGGAAAGAAAAUGUAAGAUAAAUAUAUCUACCCCACGUAAUACUGCAUACAAUUAAGCAUUCAUUGUUACAAAGAUUUUUUAAUUGUGAGCAGUGCUGCGUUAAUUUUAACAUUAAUGUAUUGUAAACUUACCGUAAUCUCAUAUUGCGGAAAAUGUUUCCCAGAGAAAUGGUGAAAUUUGUUUACAAAUAGACUGGAUGGUUAACAACUUUACGUUGUAUGUAAAGUUACCAUCUACCUAUUAAUUUUUACAUUCAUUGAUGAAUGUAUAAGGAUAAAUGUCUUUUUGACAUCAUAGCUCAUUUGUAUUUUAUAAAUAAAAAAU